AUGGCUCAUGAUCCUCGAAGUCCUAGGGCUUUAAAAACUAAAACCCCCAAAGAUGAUGAAAGUGACAAGUUAAGUGCCCUCCCGGACGAGAUUCUCUGCCACAUCCUGUCCUUUCUCCCUUCAGAAACCGCCGCAGCCACAUCAGUCCUGUCAACCAGAUGGAAAGAUCUCUUUACCUCACUUCCUGUUAUUGAUCUCACAAUCUCUAAGAAUUGGGAUGCCAAGAUCGGGGAGGAGCGCAGAAGGGAUUUGUGUAAUUUUCAGAAAUUCCUAUCUAGAUUGAUUUUUCUACGAAACAAAGCUCCAAUUAGAAAAUUUCAACUUAAUGUGUCGCCGCCCUUGGUUGAAGAUCUUCGUCCAGGGAUUUACUGGUUGAUAUCGAAAGUGCUUUCGCGUCAAGUCCAAGAAGUUGAUAUUUGUGUGCCAGGAGAUCGAGAUUCCACCGGAUUACUUUUGUAUCCACCUGAGAUAUUCACAUGUGCAACACUAACUUCUCUGACGAUGACGAUGAAAAGUAGUUUUAAUUUCAAUCCUCCCGAUUCAGUUUCUUUACCAAAUCUUAAGGUCCUGCGCUUGAAUGAAUUUGCAUUAACAGAUCAAGAUUCCUUCGCGCGGGUUAUUCAGGCUUGCCCCUUGCUCGAAGAUUUGGGUUUAAGAUGGAGAUUUUGGAAAUUUGAGUUUAUGGAUCUCCGUAUUUCUGCUCCUUUAUUGAAAAGACUUGCACUUUCAUGUUACUUUGGUCAGUAUUCUCUAAUGGUGGAGUCUGACAAUCUUGAAUAUCUGGACUGCAAUGUAUAUGGAGUGCAUAAACUUGUUAUAAAUGCCCCAUAUCUCAAGUAUUUCAAGUGUCAAGGUCCUCCCGUGAGAGUAGAAUUUGUUCAGGAUGUGAGGAACAUUCUGAAUGCGACAGUAGCAUUCAAGUAUAGAAAAGAAGAAUUUGAAAGUACCCUCGUGUUGUAUCAUAGGCAAAAUUUGAAAUCACUCGAAGCUUUUGAGCUUGUCAAUGGUUUGCAAUAUGCGAAAUCACUUCGAUUCCAGUCGGGUAUGAAGAUUCUCUAUUAUGCUGGAGAAUUCUUGCCUACUUUUGUAAAUUUGAGCAGUUUGGCGCUUGAUGACUCUAUUUACAGCUACCAUUACAGUAGCUGGUGGUUGAACCUAAUAGCAAGAUUACUGGAAAACGCCCCUAAUCUCGAAGCCCUCGAUAUCGUUUCCUCAGUAUUCGACCACAAUUUCGGUGUAGAACAACUCGGGAUAUUUCUGCGAACGGCCUUUCCAGCACGCCCCAUUCGACAUCUCAAGGAGCUGAAAAUAAUCUUAGGGCAUGAUCAGGAAUUUGGUUUCAAGCUAGCUGAAUAUUUUCUGGAGAUUGGGAAAUCUUUAAAGAAGAUGACUAUUCGUGGAAGUAUAAAGGGUUGGGAGUCUAGUCCUGAAGUUUACAACCGGAUAUCAUCAUUCAAGAAAUCUUCUGAACAUUGCAGGAUUGCGUUCGAACCUUAGAAGAAUCAGAACGAAAACAGAUACUAUACAUAUAACUGAAAUAAGGGAAUCCAAAAGUUUAAUGUCUGCAUCUUUCGUGCUUCAUUUAUUUUUUAUAGUGAUAGAUGCAACUGAAA